CCACAAGAUGCAUGGGCAUCAAAAAGCGAGUGGACGGUUGCACUUCCACAAGGGGAAGAUAUAACAGCCAUUGCUUUAUGCUCUCAAGGAAUAAUUGCCGCGACAUCAAAAGAUGUAAUAAGGUUUUUCUCUCCUUUUGGUGUCCAAACAUAUAUUUUUGCCUGGACAUCUGUAGUUUGUAUGGUGGGGCACGAGGACUUCGUGCUUAUUGUUUAUCAUUCUGGUAUAGGUUAUAAAG